AUGAUCAGACCAAAGAAGCUCACCACAAUGCCUAGAAAGUGGGAGAAAGUUGCUUCCUUGGGGACAAAAAGAAGUGCUCUGCCAGUAUUCAACAACAGCGUGACUGCUGACACUAGCAGAAAACGUUUAGUGGCCAAUAAAGGCCAUUUUGUUAUCUACACUAGUGAUCAAAAGCGUCUACAAAUGCCACUACUGUAUCUUGAAAAUAAAAUUUUCAGAGCUCUCCUCAAGCUAUCUGAAGAUAAGUUUGGAUUGCCAAGAGGUGGGCCAAUCACAUUGCCAUGCGAUGCAGUCUUCAUGAAGUAUGUUGCCUCACUCAUACAACGGGGUAUAAGUAAAGAUCUAGAGGAAGCUUUGCUCCUUUCCAUCAAUACAAGUUUCUGUUUAUCACUUUCUUCCCAGCAAGAAGCAAGCAGCCAACAGCUGCUAGUUCGUGGCUACUGA